AUGUUGACGGAGCUGUUAGUAUAAAAUGCCCCGAAACGUUGAAAUUAAAGCGAAAAUUGAUAAUUUUGACAAUUUUAUUCAACGCGUGACGUCACUAAGCGGCGACAAUGGAAGCGUUCUAGAACAACAAGAUUUCUUCUACAACUGCGCCACCGGGCGGUUAAAAUUGAGGUCAUGCACGGAGAACGGGGUCAAUCGCAGUCAACUUAUAUUCUACACGCGCCCCGAUUCAAACGGCCCAAAACUUUCCUCUUUUAUUGUCACACCUGUUCAAGAACUUAAGACAAUGGAUGACAUAUUGACGUCAACAAUGGGAAGAAAGGGCAUUGUGACGAAACAAAGGACCUUGUUUAUGAUUGGUCAAACCCGUGUUCACGUGGAUAAAGUGGAAAGGUUGGGAAACUACAUGGAACUGGAGGUCAUGUUGCGGGUGGAUCAAUCGCCAGAAGAUGGCGCUAAAGUUGCGAACGAUUUGAUGCGAAAACUUGAAAUAUCAGAAUCCCAGCUUGUGGUUGGUGCGUACAUGGACCUUAUAAAUGCGCGGGAAUAAGUUCAACCAAUCACCUUCGUCCUACAGAGUUAUUGACCAAUCACAGCCGUUUACGGAAAUUUAAAAUUCACUGCCAUUUUUCAAUAAAAUUUCCAAAACAAAAACAAAA